GCCGGAGCCGGCGCGGCGGCGCGCGGGGCGGGCUCUCAGGCUUCAGGCGGCGGCAGCUCGCAACCCGGCGCACGCUCGGGCGCUUCCGAGCCCAGGUCGUUGGGCCCGGAUCGGGGUCCCCGGCCGUGCUCAAGGCAAGAUGUUGAGGCGCAGCAUGGAAAACCGGGACGCUCAAACCAGACAACUGCAAGAUGCUGUCACAAAUGUGGAGAAGCAUUUCGGAGAGCUGUGCCAAAUCUUUGCUGCUUAUGUGCGGAAAACCGCCAGACUGCGAGACAAAGCAGAUCUACUGGUGAAUGAAAUCAACGUGUAUGCCUGUACAGAGACCCCAAAUUUAAAGCAGGGCCUGAAAAACUUUGCUGAUGAGUUUGCCAAACUUCAGGAUUAUCGACAAGCAGAGGUGCUAAUGAACAAUGAACAAAAGGUUGAAAGACUUGAAGCCAAAGUAGUUGAACCUUUGAAAGCUUAUGGAACCAUUGUAAAAAUGAAACGAGAUGACCUCAAAGCAACACUAACAGCAAGGAGUCGAGAAGCUAAACAGUUAACUCAGUUAGAAAGAACACGUCAGCGAAACCCAUCGGAUCGACAUGUUAUUUCACAGGCAGAAACUGAAUUGCAGAGAGCUACAAUGGAUGCUACCCGAACAACUCGUCAUCUGGAGGAAACUAUUGACAAUUUUGAAAAGCAGAAAAUAAAGGAUAUAAAGACUAUAUUUUCAGAAUUUAUCACUAUUGAAAUGUUAUUUCAUGGCAAAGCUUUAGAGGUCUACACUGCUGCCUACCAAAACAUACAAAAGAUUGAUGAAGAAGAAGAUUUGGAGGUUUUCCGAAAUUCUCUGUAUCCACCAGAUUAUGCAUCCCGUUUAGAUAUAGUAAGAGCAAAUUCAAAGUCGCCUCUUCAAAGAUCACUCUCAGCUAAGUGUGUAUCUGGAACAGGACAGGUAUCUACCUGUCGACUAAGAAAGGAUCAACAGGCAGAAGAUGAUGAAGAGGAUGAAGACUUAGAUGUUACAGAAGAAGAAAAUUAAUUUUCUUAAGUAAACUUCACCUUUCAGUUUUCAUCUUAAAUGACUUGGAAUCCAGAAUUACUACACUGUAAAACUUUAUACUGGCUUCAUACAUGUUAAACCUCAAAAUGAAAUCCUACUGGAAAUGAAAAUUAAAGGAAAUUUGUGCUGACCAAAAAUGAAGGUUUUAAAAAAUACUACACACCAGUCAUUUCAACAUCCUAUCCAACAGUAUGUGAUUUUUGUAUAGGUUCCAUUUAAAAAAAAAUUAUGUAUUUCAAAAGUAUUUCAUAUUAAUGCACUAUACAUAGUUGUGGUUGCAGUAUAAGUAGAUGACAAAAAAAACAAGAGAUCUAACAAUCUGACUUGCUUCUUUUGCUUUCAUUGCCAAAAAAGGGUCUUUAGUCAUUGAUUAAAUACAAAUUCUAUUCCAUAAAGCCUUAAUAAAAAAGACAAGGGUUUUUUUUUCCUUUC